AUAAACCCAGUACCGGUGACUAUUUCCACAUGCUGUACAACAUCACAACACCCUUCCUGCUGCUUAAGGCGAAAUUCCUCAGUCAAGAUCAAAUCAACGAGUAUAAAGAGUGUUUUUCGCUGUACGACCAGAAGCGCAGGGGUAAAAUGAAGACGCAGGAUCUGCUGACGGUCAUGAGAACUCUGGGCUGCUGUCCGACCCUGCAAGAGCUCGACAGACACCUGCUGACCCAUACAAUCGAUAAGAGCGGCGAGUUGGACUUCUCCACGUUUCUCAGCGUGAUGCAUGCGCAGAUCCAGCAGGAGAACCCGCGGGCCGAGAUCCUGCAGGCCGUGAGGUUAAUGGACACGAGCAAACGAGGCUUUAUCACAGCGGCAGAGCUCAGGGCCAGACUGACAGGCUUUGGAGAGCGACUCACGGAUCAGGAAGUGGACGAGCUGCUGAGUGAAGCCGGCGUGACGUAUGAUGGGCAAAUUAACGACGAGGGUUUUGCAAAGAUGGUGACAUUUCUGACCGGCUGAUGCUGAACAAACUUCAGAGCUGCAAUAAAUCAGUAGCAGAAUGUCAUUCCAGCUGAAAACCACAGAUAUCACAGCCUCUAAAUCUUCCUAAAACAGCACAAAUGAAAUAACUACACAAGCAUGACCAUAUUUAACUGAUAAAACACCUGCCGGACUGCUUCAGUCAUUAACUAACGACCGUGGGAUUGUUUCCAGAGUCACCAGAAGUGCGACUUUUUCACUUAAAGGUUAAUAGUUGGCUUAAAGUCGACUUUCCUGAACUUUCAAAGUGUUUAUUUAAACAGUCUUAAGCAGUAAAGAUUUUAGAUGAUUGGUUUUGUAUUUAAAAUUGGGAUCGCAGUGCCCUCUUGUGUGUAUAGAGAGAAUAUUAUUUUAUAUGGCAUGAAUCACAUUUCUCAGAAAUACAUUUUGUCUUCUCUCAACCUUCUGGUUAAAAAAGAAUAAAUGUGUACGUGGAUCACUAAAUGCCCACUGCUCCUCUCUCUGUGUAAAAACAUGUUUAUUAUAACCUAUAAGAAGCAAGGACUGACAGCAAACUGUUGUUUUGUGAAGCAUCGCAGAGCUCAUUAAUUCCCCUGUUGUCGUGUUAUUGUUUGCAUGGGUUUAUGUGUCUGUGUUGAGAUAAUAAACUGAAGUAAUUCUGUUGCGGUAGAGUUACUCCC